AUGGCUACGCCGGCGGACCGCAGCCGCACGCGGCGCGAGCGAACCUUUGUCGGCAGCGAGUGUGCAGUUUGCGAAGAGCCUUUGGAACAUACACUGAGGGGCGAGCGCGUGCUUCAGUUCUCUUGCAGCCACGUGUCUCACGAAGCGUGUUUCUACGAAUUCAUCCGCGAGAUCGACUCGCAGUACUGUCCGACAUGCGAUGCUCCGCUGCAUCUUGAUACCAGCCGCGGCGGGAAUGUCAUUGAUAUUGAGAAAAUCAGCAACAUGGUGCGCUCCGUUGGGGAUCCGAGAUCCAUGCAGACCCCAACGCCUACGUGGGACGCCCAGACCGUUCGCCCCCCCAGCGUGGAGAGUGGCCAGCGUCGUCACCAGCAGCAACAGCAGCAGCAACAACAGUCCCACGUCGGUGGCAGGGACAGUGCGCCUCGUGGGAGCGUACGAGACAGUCGCGAAACACAAUCGACGGGAGAUCGAUAUGGUUCUCGCCAUGGUCGGAGUGACAGCGAAGUCACCGGUGUGACGGGCAUGGGUUCCUCCGUGAGCUAUCCUGAGACAACGCAGAGCGGUCCCCCUCGCCGGCACGACUAUGACUUGCAGGCCAUGGAGACGUCACCUGGCAGUCCUCGCACUAUCACGCGCAAUCCGAUCCCGGCCCCCAGCGUCACAGUACGGUCCGAGUUUCCAAGCCUCAACCGGUCUCGGCAGCAGCAGACUUUGACCUGUCUCGUUACUAUUGAGGUCCCCGACAGCAAAUGGAGGCCUGACCCUGAGGACCUCGGCGCAGUUGCGCCACAGGCGCCUCCUCAGGCCGGUCUGGGUCGCAUGGACGAAGUGGCUACACAGCGCCCACCAUCCCCUGCCCGAAGUGCACCCAAGUUCUACCCGUACGAGUCUGCCGAGGUUUUGGAGGAAAUGACGGAGAGCCUACGCAACAGAGUCGACAACUGGCAUGGCCUCGACUUUAGUCGCUUCGGCAAGUUGCGCUUAUAUGGCACGCUGCGCGUCGGCAAGGACAAGGUCAACUGGCAGGAGCUCGAGUGCUUCCUCUUUGCUGAAAUGCUCAUUUGUGUGAAGGAGAAGAAGAUACCACAGCAGUGGGAUGAGCAUGGCGCCCCUCGCAAAGCUCGCUGCACACUCAAAGGAUCUAUCCUGAUCAAAAAGCACCUCAACGAGGUCACGGAGACGGGGAGUGUCGACGAGAACGUCUUGACUCUGGGAUUGUCGGUUGCCGAGCUGCCCCAAUUUCACCUCCGCUUCGAGAACCGCAACCAGCUCAAGCUUUGGCAACAGGCUCUCUUGGACCUCAACUCGGUUGAACAGUCACCGGUUCGCAGCCCCGACUACGAGCGCGACAUGUCUGAGAAUGACGAGGACGCCGAAUGGCAACGCAGUCGUCCGCAACGCGUCUCAUCUGUCGCUUCUUCUUGGGGUGCUGGCAAGUCCGUCACCACUGCCCCCACCGAGUACACAAGCACCUUUUCUAGGAACCCUCCGAUUCCUAGCUCGGUCCAUGUUCCGAUCGACGUCGUGGUCGUUGUGCCCAUUUCAUCGUCUAUGCAGGGCGUCAAGAUCAACUUGGUUCGCGAUGCUCUCAAAUUCAUGGUCAACGCACUUGGCGAGCGAGAUCGCAUGGGCCUCGUCACCUUCGGCUCGGGUGGCGGCGGUGUUCCCAUAGUUGGUAUGACCACCAAGGCAUGGCCAGGUUGGAGCAACAUCUUGGGGUCGAUCAAGCCGGUUGGACAGAAGAGCCAUCGUGCCGAUGUUGUCGAGGGUGCCAACGUUGCCAUGGACCUGCUGAUGCAGCGCAAGCACAACAACCCUAUCGCCUCUAUUAUGCUCAUCAGCGAUGCGUCGACCUCCGAUGCUGACAGCGUUGACUUUGUUGUUUCUCGCGCCGAAGCUGCUAAAAUCACAAUCCAUUCGUUCGGCUUGGGCAUGACCCACAAGCCCGACACGAUGAUUGAGCUAUCAACCCGUACCAAGGCCUCGUAUACCUACGUCAAGGACUGGAUGAUGCUACGGGAGUGCUGCGCAGGCUGCUUGGGUUCCAUGCAGACGCUCUCACACCAGAACGUGAAGCUCAAGCUCAAGCUUCCCGAGGGCUCCCCUGCCAAGUUUCACAAGAUUAGCGGCGCCCUCCAAAUCACAAAGCGUGCCACUGGCCGUGAUGCAGAGGCCGCGCUGGGCGAUCUUCGCUUUGGCGACAAGCGGGACAUUCUCGUUCAGCUGGUCGUGCUGCCAGACAACAUUUCACACGAUCAGCUGCCCCAGGACCCCUGGGAUAAUAUCGUCUCUGGCCUGGAGGCACUGGGUGGUCCCAUGGACAAUGACAACGAGCGGACGCUUUCCGUGGAGGAAGUCCCUCUGAUCCAGGCUGACCUGUCCUGGGGAGACAUUCUCCGCGACGGCGCUGCGAUGCAGAUGCCACGAUCAUCACUACUAGCUAUCACUAUGCUGCCUGCCACAUCUGGGCAAAAGAAAUCCUGGCAAGGGUCGCCUCCCAUCCCGCCCUAUCCGCACGUCGUUCAGCGGCGCAUGGAGCUCCUCACGUCCGACAUGCUCACCAGAGCGCUGACCCUCGUAAGUCGGGGUCAGCACGAGCGCGCGCACACACUGCUGAACGAGACCCGCUCUAUUCUCAAAGGACUCGGCAAGGGAGGUCUGCCACCUGUACCACAGCCCGCCAACAAGUCUGGGCCUUCGACACCUCAUCCCACAAGCACGGAGGCAUCGUCCCCCGACCUGUCAGGCACGCCUGACCGCAAGCGCAGCCCAUCGCCUCCGUCUUCUACACCUGCGGGCAGCAACGGUAACGGACCACAUGUCCCCUUGCCCAGCAGCCGCUCCAACGACGGACUUGGCCUGAGCUCGGGCAUAGAUGCCAAGACUGUCGCCGCCCUGGAUCAAGAGCUCGAAGCCAGUCUUGAAUGGAUCAACCACCCGGCCGUAUUUGGUCGCGACAGUCGUAAGGCUGUGCUGCAAGCUAUUGGCGUCAUUGCUUCCCAGCGGGCUUUCACAUUCCGCACCCCUGUCGAGAGCCUCUGGGCAGGUCGCGUCGGGGGCGUCAAGCGCCUUACAGAGAAAAGCCGAGAAUGGCGCGAGGGCGGCGGCGAGGGUGGCGGCAUCGUCGAGGAGACAUGA